GGGAGUGGUCCGGUUCGCGCGCGUUAACUGAAGCUUGAGCGGGAGAGGUUUGCAUCAAACCAUAUCGAUAUACACGAUAUUGUCUCAUCCUGUAUCGCGUUGAGAAAAAAUAUCGAUAAAUUGUCAAAACUCGGUAUACCGCCCAGCCCUAAGCUGAGCAGAGACAAAUGGCAGUAUUUUAUAGUAUUUUUACAUUUCAUUUGAUAUUUUUACUAUAUUUUAUUUAUAUAAAAGAUAAGAAAUAUGUUUAUUAACAAUAAACUUGAAAAUUAAAGCAUGGCAAAUACCUCAAAACAUGAAUAUACACACAAAUGAAUGAUGACAUUUAAUGCAUUUCCAUAGCAACAGUAUUUAAGAUAUCAAGAAUCCCUUCAGAAUUUUAAAUCAGCAUUGUCUUUACAUUUAUUCUAAUUCUACUAUUUCAAAGUCUGUUUAAAGUGACACACUUCCUUCCGCCUGUUGGUGGCAGUACGACCGUGACCCAAUAGCCACAUCAAAGUGAUCAGCCUGCAAGAACAAACAUUUGAAUUAUUCUUUUUAGAGGGACUAGAGGGAAUCUAGUCUUUUCCCUCCAAAAUGUUUGUUUUUAGUGGCAAGAAAAGAGAUUUGCUGUCAACAGCAAUGGAAUGGCAUCCGUGAAUGUCAUUUAUAAACGUUACUAGGCAACCAGUAGUGGGAACGCCCACUAGCGACUUCACCGCCAGCCACUGGCGACCUGGAGCGAUAAAGUCGCUGGCAGUGUGUACGCACCUUAAUGCGACUUGUGUUACUCCGUGCCUUUGCGUACUUAACCGAUCUUCUCAUCUAAACUUACACAUGACAUGUUGCUUGUCAACUAAGUUAUACUGUCAGAGAUGUCCAAAAAGCAACAGACAUUAAGCAGCUUCUUUGGCGUUUCACCACCUACAAAGAAAGGCCAACUGGAGCCAGGGCCGAAAAAAAGACUUUUUUCGGAAAAGUGGCUCAAAGAUGUGCAGUGGCUUGAAGCUAACGAUGAGCGCACUGAAAUGUGGUGCGAGAUUUGCCGCUCAAAUCCACAUCUAGCAGACAAAACAGGUGCAUUUUAUAAAGGCUCAAAGAAUUUCAACCAUCCUUUAUUUGACAAACAUGAAAAGAGCAAGGAGCACACGAAUGUGGCGCAAGCUAUUGUUAAUAAAGAAGCGAGCCGAGAAGAAAUGUCCAGUCGCCCACUUGCCAGAUGGCGAGACAAGCUGAAUGAAGAACAGCGGCAAGCUCUGUUUAAUAUUUUUGUCCUCGCCUUCCAUAAAGCUAAACACGCACGUCCCAUGUCUUCCUAUUCUGAGGAUAUUCCUUUACUGAAGCGGCUAGGAGUAGGCUAAAUGUCGGAGGUGCAUAUCAUUCACGUGAAGGGGGCACACGGAUCAUGCAAAGCAUCGCCCGCGCCAUCAGCGGGGAGUUACGUGCCAAGUUGCAGUCUGCUGAAUUUUGGGGGCUGCUUUUUGAUGGAUCUGAGGACAUCACAAAAACUGAGCAGGAAAUCGUUUACAUUGUUUCUGUGUCCAGCAACGGAGAGUUUAGCUCAGAUUUUAUUGGAUUGAUUGAAUUGGGUGCUGACCGAACUGCGCAGGCCAUAACAGACGGACUUGUGAGACUUUUCCAGGACACAGGCUUGGAUGACUGGACAACAAAGUUGGUCGCUGUGUGCACAGACGGGGCUGCUGUCAACGUCGGUAUGUACAACGGCGUUGUGCCAAAACUCCGGCGACUUGCUGCGGUUGGAGACUCCCUUGUGCACAUUCUGUGCACCGCACACACACUGGAGAAUUGCGCAAAAUCAGCUGAUCGCAACGUUCCUUACUGUGAGAUAUUUAAUCGCUCUGUGGUCAAGCUGCUGCAGUUUUAUUUACAAAAAGGUGGAGCAAAAAAAAACUGCUGAACUGAAGAAGCUGUGUGAAGAAAAUGGGAUAUCCUUUGUGAAGCUGGGUUUCAGAAGGAAAAGCUGACCAUUGGAGAAUGUAAGGAUGAACUCAUGGUGGCCAUUGGACAGUUCACACUUCUGCUUGAUGGUGAAGGCCACAGGGCACACACUGUUUCUAAUGCUGAUGCUGACAGAGAUAAGACAAACUUACUCAGGGGGUUAAUUGAAGAGUUUGAAAUCAGAUAUGACUCCCUCAAGUCAUGUGAUAAUUUCUUGGCCUCAGGAAAUGCAAAACCUCCACAGUUUUGGAAAACAACAGUUUGCAGCAUUCUCAAGAAAUAUGAGGCCACAUUGCAACUUGACAGAGACACCACUGUGACAGAAUGGAUGCGCUUAAAGCAGGCAGGAAAACGCCUGGGAGCCUCUUCUGUGUAUGACUUGGUCCAAAUAGUAAAUACAAGUAACCCAGAUGCUUACUCCAACAUCAACAAGGUGGUUAAGCUGUCUCUUACGCUGCCUUUAAGCAGUGCAGCUUGUGAGAGGGGAUUCUCACAUCUCAACAUAAUAAAAACCAAGUACAGAUCUCGUCUGUCACAUGCUCGUCUCUCAGCCCUGAUGCAGAUACACCUAUCAAAGCAGACCACAGAGACAUUUGACCCAAAGCAAGCUGUAGACCUGUGGAUGGAGACAGCUAAUCGGAGGCUCAACCAAGGACAGGGAGGUGCAUCUGCAGCAUCAUCAUCAUCUACCAUGCAGGAAGCUGAAGCAGAGGACACUGAAGAGGACAGUGGUGGCGACACUGAGGAGGACAGUGAGGAAGACUGCACUUAAUAAGA